AUGCCUGCCGAACGAACACUCCUUGCCUCGUUUCCUCUACCCAAGAAGGGCGAGACCCAACCCGACGAUAAGAAGCUGCUGAGUCUCUACGACACCGAGGACUACUACCUCAUCGAGUUCCACUCCCCCAAGGAUAACCGGCUGUCCAACGUCUUCAUUGACGCCUUUGUUGAGGCUCUGCACUACCUGCUAGCCACCAAGGAGGACGAGCCCAAGCCUCUGGUCACCACUUCUGCCAUCCCCAAGUUCUACUCCAAUGGUCUGGAUCUAGAGGCUGCCAUGAAGACCGAUCGGUUCUUUGAGCGAUACCUUGGCCGACUCCAGCGAUCUCUGCUCGAAUUCCCCUGGCCCACCAUCGCCUACGUCAAUGGCCACGCCUUUGCUGGAGGUUUCAUCCUGGCCAACUCCCACGACUUCAAGGUCCAGAACGACAAGAAGGGCUGGCUCUGCAUGAACGAGAUCGAGUUCGAUGCUCCUCUCAUUGGACAGCUCAUGUCCAUCCACGCCCACCAGUACGGUCCCGUUAUCGGCCGAAAGAUCACCAUGAUGGGCCACCGAUUCACCGCUGCCGAGGCUCUCAAGGACGGUAUCAUCGAUGCUGCUGGCGGCUGGGACGAGGUAGAGGAGAUUGUUGCCAAGGUACGAAACUCCGUUGGCAAGAACUCCUACGGCCAGAUGCGAAUGACCAUGUUCGCUCCUGUGCUCGACCACUGUAUUAACUACUAUGAGGAGGAGGCCCGAGACGUUGCUCGACAGGCAGCUGCUAGAGACCACCAGGCCGCCCGAAUUGAGGAGGUCAAGGCUAAGCUUUAA